GGCUUAGUAAUCUGCGCCAAAAGAAAACAAAGCCAAAAGGGCGCCAAGGGGAAAGCGAACGAGCAAGAAACGAGGGAAAAAAUGAACUUUUUUUCUUUUUUUCUUUUUCAUGGACCAGAAAUGGCAAAAACCCACCCACAGUAUCGGAUUUGAAGCACAAAGAAUGAACUAAAAUUGAUUCAAAGGGCGAAAUCCGAAACUUCCCAUUUCACUAUUCUGCAUGCCCAACAUUUUGCUCCAGCAAACAUCCUUUGAAGGAGGACACAUAGCUCUGUGCUUUUUUUUUGGUAAAUGACUCCAUUUUCUAGCUUGAAUUGAGAUUUUCCUUCUGGGUUUUUGGAUAUGAACUUGUCUGGGAAAGAACUCGAGGAGCAACUCAAGGAGAUUGGAAGCGAGCUUCUAAAACCCCCUUCUUCCACUGAUGCGCUUCUCAAAGGUCUUGAUAAUGCUGGUCAUUGUGCCUCCAACCAAAUUCUUUGAAGAUUUUGCAGAUGAAGGAAAGCGGAGUGUCUGUUGACAAAUGUGGAGCAAUCGCCAACGAGAUCUAUGCGAGACACACUGCUGCCCUUAAUGAAGGCAUUGAUUUCUGAUAAGCUUUUGAAGCAUUCAGAAGAGGAUGUGAAGGUUACAGCAACAGCCUGCAUUACUGAGAUUACAAGAAUAACAGCACCAGAUGCCCCUUAUGAUGAUGAUAAAAUGAAGGUGAUUUUUCAGUUAACUUUGGAAGCAUUUAGAAAGUUGUCAAAUGUAUCUGGGCGUUGUUAUAUGAAGGCUUUAUCCAUUCUUGAUGCUGUUGCGAAAGUCCGUUUGUGCUUGGUGAUGCUGGAUCUGGAGUGUGAUAAUUUGAUUCUCGAAAUGUUCCAGAGCUUCCUAAAACUCAUUAGGUCCAACCAUCCAACUGCUGUUUUUUCAGCCAUGGAAGCGAUUAUGACUAAUGUGUUAGAUGAAAGUGAAGAAGUCUCGUCAGAUCUUCUCAGGCCUAUUUUAGCUAGUGUCAGAAAGGAAAAUCAGGAAGCCACUUCUAUUUCAUGGAAACUGGCAGAAAGGGUUAUGUCCAACUGUGCUACUAAGCUCCAGCCCUAUCUUAUGGAUGCAGUUCAGUCUCUUGGUGCUUCUUUGGAUGACUAUGCUCCCGUAGUUAUGUCUAUAUGUCGAAAUGAAACUGAUAACAUUGAUGAUGGGAAACAUUUGGUGACACAGAUGCAUACGCCAGAUGCAAGCAUUGAGGAAAAUCCUCGAACUGAUGCUGCUUCAGAAUCAUUGAUAUCCGGCAGUACAGUUGCCGCAGGGAAUGACAACAUACUAAAGGGAUCCUCUAAAAAAUCACAGAAAUGUAGUGAACAGUCAAAAAUUGCAGAAACCAAGAUACCUGACAAUGUAGAAUCUAAGAAGGCUGAGGACACAUUAGACACUGUUCCAAAGAAACGAGGGAGGAAACCCAACUCCUUAAUGAAUCCAGAUGAAGGCUAUGAACAUUAUUGGAUUGGAAAAGGUCGGGAAAGGUCCAGACUAUCCAAUCAAAAUAAGUCUAAUGACCAAGAAACUAAAUUUUCUCCUGUAAGCCUAAGAAUAGAAAAGGUUUCUUUGCCAACAAAGGUAGAAAAGGUUUCGUCUGGACAUGCUGCAGAGAAACAUAUACAAUCUAAAGUUGAAGGGGUAAAUGAGAACAUGACAAAGAAGGAAGAAAACACUCGGGUGAGGUCAAGGAAACCUAAAGUUGGCAAGUCUAGGAAGGAUAAAACAACUGCAGUUUCUCCUGUAAGCCCAAGAGUGGAAUCAUUGCCAACAGAGGAAGAAAAGGAGUCUCCUGGACAUGCUGAGGAGAAACAUAUACAAUCUGAAGAUGAAUUAGUAAAUGAGAACAUGAAAAAGAUGGAAGAAAAAGCUCGGGUGAGGUCAAGGAAAUCUAAAAUUGGUAUGUCUAGGAAGGAUGAAGGCACUAAAUUUUCUUCUGUAAACUCAAAAGUAAAAAAGGCUUCUUUGUCAGCAGAGGUUGGAAAAGAGUCUUCUGCACAUACUGAAGAGAAACGCAUACAGGUUGAAGAUGAAGUGGUAAAUGAGAAUACGGAGAUGGUAAAGAAAGCUCAGGCAAGGUCAAGGAGAUCUACAGUUGGUAAGUCUAGGAAGGAUAAAGCAACUAAAUUUUCUUCUAUAAGCCCAAAAGUGCAAAGGGAUACUUUGACAACAGAGGAAGAGUCUUCUGCAGAUGCUGAAGAGAAACCUUUACAGUCGGAAGACGAAGUGGUAAAUGAGCACGUGAAAAUGAUGGAAGAAAAAACUCAGUCAAGGGCAAAGAAAUCUAAAACUGGCAAGUGUAAGGAUAAAGCAAUCCAUGAUCCUAGAUGUGUUAUUUCAGAGGAGAAAGUUUCUGUUCCCUCUGAUUACAAAGAAAAACUGUCAGUGCAUUUGGUUAUGAAGUUGAGAGUGAAGAGCACCAACGGGGAUGGGUCAGUAGUCCAAAAAGAUGUUAUAGUGAAAUCCACUGAUACUGAUAUGGAUAAGAAUAUUCAUAAAUCAUCAACCUGUGAGGAUUCCGGAUCUGCCAAGUUAGAUGGUGAUGAUUACGUGGAAGAAACUCCACAGGCAGAAGCUACAAGGAGGCAUGCCAUUGUGGAAAAAGAAGUAAUGAGCAUAUCAAGUGCUGGAGAGGAACUGGUUGGUAGGAGAAUAAAGGUUUGGUGGCCCCUGGACAGAAUGUUUUAUGAAGGCAUUGUCCGUAGUUUUGACCCUGUCAAGAAAAAGCACCAGGUGUCAUAUGAUGAUGGCGAUGAAGAAAUAUUAAACCUCAAAAAGCAACGAUAUGAGCUAAUUGUUGCUGAUCCUCUGCUAGUUGGGGAUGAGGAGAUGGAUGUCCCAGAAACAGAAGCUUCCUCGGAUAUACUGCGAAAGAGGAAAAGGAAAAACAUGUCAGAAUCAGACAAGGAGGAAAAGACCUAUUCUUCAACCAGAAGGGUUAGAGCUUCAACCAAGAGGAAAUCUGACGUUAAAUCUGCAAAGUCAAGUGAAAAAGCUGCCAAUAGUUCCAUGCUCAGGAAGCAUGUUAUCUCUGAUGAAUCAAUGGACGAAGCAGGGAGUGUCGAUAAUAGUACAAAAGGAAAUGAUAAAAAGCUCAUAGACUUGAUAAAAAACAGUCGACUAAGGAUUAACUUAAAGUCCAAGCAGAAUGCAUCAGGCAGGGAAUAACACCCCGAGAGACCAAGCAGUACCUCUUGCCACCAAAGAUUUAGCGGUACUAGAGGUACGCAGUUCUCGUACCGUCGUUUUGUCAGUUAGGGAAGACCAUAGGCCAACUUAGUUCCUUUUCUCUUGUGUCUUUAGAAGUAGAAAAGAAAAAAGUCUUUCAUCUAACCAGUCUUGUAAACAGUAGAUCCAUUAUAUAUAAACCUCCCAUGUGUAAAUCAGUUGCUGAAUGAUAUCUAAAGCAAACAGUUGUUAUGUCAAAGCUGCUCUUCCUAACACGUGCACAUAAUUUAGGUUAUAACACUAAAUCCAUUCGACAUGGAUCAGUCACUCGAACACGUUCAGUUGUAUACCCAAAUUCGGAGCUUCCUUACUGGCAUCUAUAACUGUUCCUGCUGUUUAGAGAGAGCUUAAGUCCAAAGCCGUUGAAAGCCUACUUCUUACCUGAGUAAUUAUUUUCUUUUUAGAAGAAACCAAACUUUCAUCGAGAAAAACAUCGAUGAUAACUGUCGUUAUCUGUGUUUGGUGAGGUUUUGACUUUCACUACAAUGUUUUGUGUUUGUCAAGACUUUUGAGCAUACUGAUGGAAAGAAAGAUUCAAUCUUAUUAAA